UAAAAAUGGAAAUCGACGAUUGCGUCAUCGAUAUGAUCCAAGUUUUCUCGAAAAUCAAUAGAGAAGUUCCGGAAAAAGCGAAAAAAGCAAUUGUCGAGAUUGAACGGCUCGAUAUUCUUGCGAAGAAGGAGAUGGAAGUUGCUAAAAAGCACAAAAUCGAAUUUUUUGCGAAUUAUGAGGAAAUGACGGCCGAACAAAAGACCAAAGCGUUCACUUUUAUGCAGAAGAAAAUGGCGAAAGUUUCCGAAUAUUCCGACCAAAAAAUAGAGAUUGCGAGCGGUUUGAAGGUUCUUCUGAAGGAUGUCUACGGGAAAUUCAUGGAAGAAGAGCAAAAGUUCAUUGAAAACCUGAAUAAGAUUCCAAAAGCACCGGAAACUCCGCCAAGCAGUUCUCCGUCAGUGCGAAGUCAUCGUAAGAAGAAGCUUUCCGAGGGAGAUGAUGAUGCUCCGUCGUCGGUGGAUGAGAAGAAGCGCGGUCGGAAGAAAAAGCCAGAAUCCGAGAAAGCAGUGGCCGCCGCCGAGCCACCGAAAAUGUACUGCUGGUGUCAACUGGAUAAAAACGACACAAUGAUCGAAUGCGAGAAUCCGGGCUGCAAGUACGGAUGGUUCCACUUCACAUGCAUCGGAAUGAUCACUGCUCCAGCCGGCGACUGGUAUUGCACCAAUGAGUGCCGUGCACAGGGUCUCGCGGCGGUUGCAGAGGCUCCGCAGAAGGCUCCACAACGAAAGGGAUUGAAGAAGAAGAAGUGAAUAAUUGGUUUUUUUUCUUUGAUUUGCCGCUUGUGUACCUAUUUUAUUUGAAAAAAAAUCAUCCGAUGAUCACAAAAUUGUAUUGGUUUGAUCUCCCAUUUUGCUUUAUUAUUCUAUGAUAAACUGAAACUUGUUUGCAUAUAAAUUUCUGUUUAAAAAAU